UAUACGGACAUGAGGCGUAUUUACGACGCACUGUUAAACUAUUUCCAUAUGAAUAUAAAUUCGGAAUACAAGUAUUUCUCCUAUUGUUUUGGAGAUCGCUUUAGAUUCACUGGUGUCGGAGAAUGACGGAGGGUGGUCGUCAAAUUCAGAAAACAGUUUGACUGAUGAGGGUCCUUGCAACAUUGACAUCUGGACAAAGCUUCGUUAUCACAUCGCCAGUUUAUCCAGCAAAAUUCCAGUUCUUGUGCUCCAAGUCGAGCCUGCUGCAGCAGUAUGGAGAGAGGAUAGUGAGGCUCAGCACUGCCAACACCUACUCUUACAGGAAAGUGGAUGUCCGGUUUGAGGAGUUUGUGGACUUGCUGCUGAGGCCUCAGUCUUUGGACACACUGGGCAGUGACACUCUGUAUUUCUUCGGGGACAACAACUUCACUGAGUGGCACUCUCUGUUUGAGAACUACAAGGCACCAUGCUACAUGCUGCCUCACACCACGGGGGCCUACAGCUUCGGGAUCGCAGGCCCAGGAACAGGUGUACCCUUCCAUUGGCAUGGACCUGGCUACUCUGAGGUCAUCUAUGGCAGGAAGCGCUGGUUCCUGUACCCCCCGGACAAGGCGCCCCAUUUCCACCCCAACUACACCACCCUGUCCUGGGUCAAAGACACAUACCCUUACCUGCUUGAGGAGGAGAAGCCCAUAGAGUGCACCAUCCGGCCAGGAGAGGUGCUGUAUUUCCCUGACCGCUGGUGGCAUGCCACGCUCAAUUUGGACACCAGUGUCUUCAUAUCCACCUUCCUGGGCUGACCCCUGACCCUGCAACAGACUAAAGGUCAUAUGGGUCAUUGCCCUGUGACCAAAGCCCUGUUAGAAUACUUUCAACAUGCAUCAUUCCUUCUUCCCCUCUGAGGAAAUCACAGAUUUCUUGCACAGUUCUCAACCCCCCUCAGACAGCACAGAUCACACACACACAGUGGUUACUGCUUAGUGAGGGGGAGCAGGAAGGAUGCACUUUCAAAAGUAUCAUGUCAACUGAAAUGGCAACACACCGCUCCUGUCAACCGAACGCUGUAUUGCCGCUCUGUCGUCAUAACUACGAUGUAGAUCAGUGGUCCAUCUGUUCAGAGACAAAGAAACAAAGCGAUCAAAGACUAUUGGAACGUCUACUGACCAAUAGGAGAUAAGUGUGGCUUGUUCUGACUAUUCCCUGGAAGUCACUCACUGGUUUUCCAGCGCGUUUCCACUUCUGGGACUUUUCCCAUCGGUUCCAUGGUACCGGGCCAACUAGGUCAAAUGCAGCUAAUAUAUUUUACAUUUAUUUAAAAAAUAAAGUACUUGAAAAUAA